GUCUUGUAAAUCUCGUUACCCUUUUUUUCAUCCCCCUUUGAAUCAUUUUUAAUUAAUUAAUUUGCAGGCAUUUCUAUGAAGAUUCCUGUUUCAGUCACUCCUACUUCCUCUGUUUGCUUGAUCAGGACUCCGUUACCAUCAUCAUCACUUACAAUUACUGUGUGUUCGUAGAAAGCGGCACAAAAAUGUAGGAUGUUCUACAGUAGCUCAGCCAGGACCACAAGGGUCUGAUCAUAGUAUUCAUAGUUUCAAACUAAGCAUGUUCCUUAUAAUGACCCUUCUCCACAGUUAUGAUACACAUGUAUGAUUGACUCCCUGAUAGUUAUUGAUGAGGCACAUACACCACCUAGUGAUGGCUGCCGAGAAUCAAGAAUCUACCUUACCGUUGGAACUGCUUUGUCUGUGUUUGGAGUGCUUAUAGGAUUCUUAUUUGGAUUCUUAUUUGGUUUCAUUACCGCUACCAGGAGAAAAAGUAGUACUAAUGAAGUGAUUGCUGAGGAGAAUCCAGCCUAUGGUGUGACACUCGGUCCAGCACCAGCAACCACCACUGAGCCACUACCAACUGCUCCUCAGCCUCAGGAGGCUGAGUAUGAACUGAUCCCUUUUUAGAACGUAGACCACGAUACACAUCGUGUUUAACAUUAGCAGCAAUAUUUCUGUUUAAGUGCAUGUUAUACAUAAUUGUGAAUAGGUACAGAAUGA